AUGUCUUACUGGACAUCCUCGCUGUGUCUUUUCCUUCAUCUUUACCCCUCACUUGAAACGUCAGAUCAUUCCUCAAGAGCGCAGAGCAUCAUGCUGACAGGUUUCGAAGCCCUUGGUGCGGUGAGCGCAGUCUUGCAGGUUGUUUCAUUCGCAACCGACGUCGCAGUAGCCUGCAAAAACGCAUACGAUGGAGCUACAACUUCAGAGGAUGAUCUGCAUCGCCACGCGAAGCAGAUGUCUGAAGCCGUUAAUCGAGUACACACUCGUUGCGAACAAAUGAAAAAUGCGAACUCCAAGUUUGCCAGCCCAAAGCUUCAAAAUAUUGCCAAGGAAUGCAAAGAUGCUGCCGAUAAGCUGGAGGCGGAAGUUCGGUGCGUGACUAAAUUGCAGGCCCAAGGCGACAUUUUAAGGUCGGUCCGCAAGGCUUUCAGAGCGUCUAAGCACCAGAAAGGUCGUCAGGCUCUCCAGGAAUCGCUUUUAAUGUAUCAGCAGGUCGUGAAAAUCGAACUAACAUCCCAUCUAUGCUCGCAGAGUGAUGCGAUACACUUUCAGCAAGACGCCUCAUUCCAGAAAAUGGACAAUGAUGUCAAGUUUCUCAUCAACCGGCUCGCUGAAGGCAUCACUGAUGUCAAGGACCUCGUCAAGCAAGAACACGCUACAACACGCAACGCAUUUGCGAAAGAGGGCGCCAGGGUUGAGGCAGCCAUUAAUUCGCACACCGAUAGCCAAGUCUUGGAGCUAAGGACCACAGCUGAGACAGAGAGAAAGUGUGAAGUAUUUCUUCAAAGCCUCAAAACUCCACGGAUGAAUCAGCGUUACAACGAUGUCAUGGACUCGAGAGAUGCAAGCUUUAAACAAGUAUUUGCUUCUUAUGAAGAUAUGAGAGCCAUGUUUUACGAAGAUUCGGAGCAUAGUGACGAUUCAGGAGAUAAGGAUGGAUUAAAUAAGGACAAUGACCAGGACGAUGGUGGUGAUUCAGAGAGCUGUCAAAGCUCCGAAACGAUUAGAGAUCUAGAUUGUAUCUCACAUCUGGAUGAGAUUCACCACUCAUGGGAUUGUUUCAACUCAUGGCUGCAAUCAGACAACAAAUUAUUUUAUAUACGAGGCAAGCCUGGCUCUGGGAAAAGCACGCUUGUCAAAUUCAUUCUUGACCAGGACCAGACUCGCGACUUAGUCCGGCGAUGGAAUCCCGAUGCGAUUAUUAUCUCCCACUUCUUCUGGAAAAUCGGCUCGGAAGAGCAGAAUGGCAUAAAAGGACUUUGGUGCUCUCUACUAUACCAAAGACUUAAAUAUCAGCAGGACUUAAUCUUGAGGACUCUACAACGCUACAAUCACCUAUCUCUGCACUCGGAUUAUCAUGAUUGGUCUGUUGAGGAUUUGGAAGCUGUGUGGGCUUACGUUGCAACUUUCGAUGGUCCACGCAUGUGCAUCUUCAUUGAUGGUCUAGACGAGUUCCAGCACAAAGAUGGCUUUUCCAAGCUUUCUCAGACCAUCAAAUACAUAUCAGAAUUUCCAGAAACUAAACUGUGCGUGUCGACCCGACACGAGGCGCACAUCAAGAGGUGGCUUGAGACAGAAAAGGCUGCUGGGAUUCUGCUUGAAAACUUGACGAGAUUUGAUAUGCUUGCAUUUGUACAAAAGGAAACUCAUCAUCUAUUGCCAAACAGUCAUAUCUCUUCAGAAUCCUUCAAUAGGUUGCGUCGACAGCUUGUUGAUAAAGCUCAAGGUGUAUUCCUGUGGCUUCAUCUAGCUACACGAAGUAUCAUCGAGGGGAUCGAGAAUCAUGAUUCAGAGUCCAUGCUUUUCAAACGGCUCGAAGAAACUCCUGGUGACCUAGAGAAUCUGUACGCCGAUAUGUGGCAAAGGUUGAACGCGAAAAGCACUGUCUAUCAAGAGACAGCUCGCAGAUACUUCCGCUACGUUCUGCACGGUUCACACAUUUGCAUCGAGAGUUAUUCUUGGUGGUACUUUACUUCAUUGCCAUUGACACUUCAAAUUGCCUGCGCUGAGAACCAUGAACUACAAGAAAAGCUCCUGGGGGGUACAAGCAUAAUGGAAUUGUCAGAGAUUCUGCGGAUAUGCAAUGAGACAAAGGCUUCAAUACACAAGCGGUGUGCAGGAUUGCUUGAAAUACACCAGAUGGGAGUCAGUUUCGAAAAGAUAGGAGAUAAUAGCGCCGCCUUUAAUGAGAUAUUUGGCGAGGUAGCAUUCAUCCACCGAACAGCACAUGACUUUUUGACCGAUACAGAAGUGGGCCGUGGAAUUCUAGGAUGUGAAACAUUGGACAAGUUUCCAUCGCAGCAGGGCUUGCUGAAAGGCCUGGUCUGCGCAGUGAUAAUCUUAGCAUCUGAGCGGGCCUUGGCAUGCAAGAUGGAUGUCGUCAUCCGUCAAAUCACCAAUUUUGCAGAACGCUGGGAAAGUAAUGGUCUGCAACUGGCCACCGAGAUGCUCGAUGUCAUUCAGCCAUUGUAUGACAAGCAUGUCUUAAGAUCCGACAUAUGGCCAUGGGUGCCUCGUCUCCCGUUUUUGAGUUACUUGGUCAACAACGACCUAUUUGAAGAUUUCAUCGUUUCACGUCUGACAAGAGAAAGUUCGACUGAUUUGGCCACCAGUAUCCUGCGCGAAGCAUGGAACCCCAAAAAUGAUGUUGAACUGCCUCAGAGAAUAUUUGACACGUUGAAUACCUUCGGAGCAGAUCCACACGAACACGGCGUUCUUAGCGGUAUGCCAGAGCUAGUUGUAUUUUUCAGAUCGGGUACAGCAUUUACCAAUCUUCUCACGACUUUUAUCAUGUCAACACAAACAGACCAUGAGGAUGAAACGUUGCUAACUCCGAUGAGGAGUAAGGUGCUCUAUCCAGAUGAGGCAUGCCAAACUUUAGAAAUGGCAAUACAUAUGGCAAAGACUUGCCAGAACCUGAAUGCAGCCGUCGCACUCUUUGCUUCCCUUUCUGAAGCUGGGAACAUGGUGAUAUUGCCCUUCGACGAAUCGAACUUGGUGGUAUUCGAGGUCAAUUUACAGUUUUUAUUACUGUAUCUACUCUCAGUACUUGGUACUGUUCUUGCUGAGAGCGAACUAACAGGUCCUCGAGUUCAGGAUGUCAUGUCGAAGAUUGACAGUCCCGCAGCUAAACUACGAUACUUCCUGGGGCCAAAAGCGAUAGAAAAUACGCUUAAGCAAGACAUUUCAUCUUCCCCAAAGUUUAAGCGGAUCCUAUCACCGACGGCAUCUCUUCCAAGAAACGUUCUUGAAAGUCUCUUUUCUAGACCCUUUACUAUUGAAAAUUACAUUAGAGAUUUGGAGAUCGAAGAAGUUGAUGCUGAAAAUGUGGUUGCAAGUUUAGCUAAGGAGAACCUGGGCAUUUGUACGAGUGAGGACGCUGGCAUAAGCCCCUGUCUGGAGUAUCUAGGGAGUUUGAGAAUGUUUGCUACCAGUUCUGGGAAACUGUUUCCUUUGACAAUAGGACAGCUUGAAGAAGCAGCAGCUAGCAGGGAAUCAUUAGAAGAUCACCGGUAG